AUGGCAACAAACAAAUUUGUAUUUUUAUUUUUAUUUUUUAUAAUUGUUAUUGUUACUGUGACAAGUUCAAAUAAUAUAAUAAAAGUUAUUGAUAGCAGUGAUAGUAAUAGUGAUAGUGAUAGCGAUAGUAAUAGUGGUAGUAGUAAUAGUAAAUAUAAUUUUAUAUCAUCUACAAUUACAAGUUUAGAAUUAUCAAAAGUUUGUCCAAAUGAAGAUUCAAUAGAUUAUUAUCGUAUUGGUGAAUGCAUUGAUGGAUAUAUGUACAAUUGUGACAUUGAAAACCAAAAUGUAUUGGUCAGUAGUUUUGGCGAUUUCGAAUGUUCAAUUCUAAAUACAACUACCACUUUUCCAAUUGGUUGUUCAUCAAAUUCAAAUUUAACCUCCUAUUAUAAUUGUGUUGAAGAGAUAACUCCAACACCAUUAUCUUAUAUUAUCACUACUUUUGGUGCUCGUCAAUGUGAUAAAACUCAAAUAAUUCACCAAAGAUUUGUAAAAUUAGAUAAUUGUGGAUCAUCUAUGUAUCCAAUAAUAUAUGGAUCAUGUAAUUCAACUUAUUAUUCUUACACCUAUUAUAAUACAACAACUUGUGAAACACCUAUUUAUGAAAUGGCAGAUGUUUUAAAUGUUUGUGUAGAAUCUGACAUAUUCAAUCAAUCAUAUUUAUCUCAAUAUCAUAGGUUCGAUUCUAGUUUAAUAAAUCCAAAAAUUGAAAAAGGUUCUUUUAAAGUGACCAAAGCAAUCAAAACUUCAAGUAUCCACAAAUCUCCAGGUUUAGACGGUAUCAAUGCACUAUUCUACAAGUACCACAUCAACUCAAUAGCAAGAAUAUUGACUAUAGCUUUCAACGACCUCCUCACAAAUAAGAAAGAAAUCCCCACAAAAUUCAAAGAAGGAGUAAUAACAACAAUAUUCAAAAAAGGAGAUGAACUAAACAUUUCAAAUAGAAGACCAAUCACCCUUCUCAAUACAGAUUACAAAAUUUUAAGCAAAAUUCUCAACAGUAGAUUAUUAGAUAUCACCAGUAAAAUUAUCAACAAAUUUCAAAACGGCUUUGUUCCAAACAGGUUCAUCCAAGACAAUAUUCAGAUCAUGAAGGAAGUAAUAGAAAUAAGUAACAAAAGAAAGAACAAUACACUCAUUACCUUUUACGAUUUUAACAAAGCAUUCGAUUCAAUCAGCCACAAGAGUAUCACAAGAACAUUAGAGCAUAUUGGUAUCCCCCCAAAAUUCACAGCGAUCCUACUAAACCUACUCAAAGAUACUAAAAACAAAAUAAAGAUCAACGACUUUUUA